CCGAUCGCCAGUUAACAAUGUCGGAUAUCAACUCGCGACAAUGUUUGCGGGGUGCGCGGGGCGGCAGCGCGUGCGGUUGUGCCAGUACGGACCAUGUUGCGCGGGCGUUCGCACGCUGCAUGAUUUUGUUGCUAAAGAGAUUUAUUUAUCGUUUGUUGUUUCUUAAUAAUAAGAAUAAUGUUUACUAGGUCCGCACGUUUAGUAAAACUGGCUACUAAAGAAUCUGAAGAACAUGUUAUGGAUAAAAACAAGAGUAUUGAUUUAAAUAUUUCAACUUCUACUGAUAUAGAUGAAGAAACAGAUAAAAGAGAGUCUCCAUUGCCAAGUGGUUUCGAAAAUCAGCUGAUUAAAUUGAAUGAAUUGCUUGGUGAUGUUUUCAAUGAAGAUGAUGCUUCGACAAAAGAAAAUAUCGAGCCCACUGCGCCGUUAUCUGAAAAGAUUCAAUCGACUUCAUCGACAACAAAAAAUAUUGAACCCACUGUAUCGUCAGCAGAAAAUAUUGAACCCAUUGCAUCGACCUCCACUCAUUUUGAAAUUAUCGUUGACCAUGAAAUAACUCCGAUGCCAUCCCCAUCCUCUAAUGAAAUUUGCGAUGAUACCUUCUGUGUCGGGUAUGCAGAAAGUGAAAAUCCACCAAUAUUGACCAACGACGACUUGUAUGGAAACUUACCCACACCUUCUUAUGAUGGAGAAAUGACAGUAUCAGACGAUAAACGAGGAAAAUAUAUACAUAAAGCUAAUGUAAUGGAUGAAGAGAUGAUCAGAAGCGUAUGUGACCACGUCAAAUCAUUUUCUUUAGUGGAAUCACAUUAUAUCAGGAAAGAUUCCAAGAAAUUAUACUUAGAAGAUGUAAAAAGUGCAUCUCGUAUGUUUAACUUGUAUUCUGAGUGGUUUGACAGUGACAAGUAUCGUAACAAAGCAUCAACAAAACGACAAUAUCGCGACAUCUUAAACGCUAACUUCAAUAUAGGUUUUCAUAAGCCGAAGAAAGAUUUAUGUGAUGUCUGUCACGUUUAUUGUAAUAAAGAAAUUCCAACAGAAGAAGAAAAAUCUGCAUUUCUGAAACAUCAAUCGGCCAAAAAAGCUGCUCGUGUACUAAAACAGCAGGACAAAAAUGAAGCGAUAUCGAAUGAAGAGAUUGUGGCAGCAACUUUUGACUUUGAAAAAGUUUUAGUUACACCACACGGAGACGUAAGCGUUUUUUAUUAUAAAAGAAAAUUAUCUACACUGAACUUCACUUUAUACGAGUUAGCUACAAAAGAAGCCACUUGUUUUAUGUGGCACGAAGCAAUAGCAAAACGUGGCGCGAACGAAGUGUCUAGUUGUCUCUAUCAGUUCAUCAAACAAAAGGUUAUACAAAAUAAAGUAAAAACAUUUCGAUUUUGGUCAGAUAACUGUGCUGGGCAGAACAGAAACCGCAUAGUUUUUGCCCUUUACCUGCUAGCUGCAAAAGAAUUUGGAGUCACUAUUACCCAUCGCUUUAUGGAAAAGGGUCACACCCAAAACGAGGGUGAUAGUGUCCAUUCGACUAUUGAACGAGCUAGUGACCGCAGGUUAAUCUAUGUUCCAGAAGAAUGGUACUGUCUUGUUCGCUGGGCUAAAGCUGAAGGUAACCCCUAUAAAGUAAUAGAGAUGAAAACCUCCGAUAUAUAUGACUUUAAGUCCCUGUUAGCCAAUAAAAAUUGGUCUAAAAACAGUGAAAACGAGAAAAUCCAGUGGACUCGCUUAAGAGAGGUGACAGUACAUGCACUACACUAUGACAGGAUUGAAUAUAAGUAUAAUUUUGAAGAUGAACCUAAAACCAUAAAAAUUUUAAGAUCUGGUAACCGAAACACUGAAAGGUUGUCCCGUGAAUUUGAAAUCAAACAGGCUUAUGAUGGUGAUCUCCCUAUUAGUCGUAAUAAAUAUAAAGAUUUAAUAAACUUAUGUCAAACUAAUAUAAUUCCAGAAAAAUAUCACAACUUUUACCAAAAAUUAAAAUUUGAUCAAAAUGUCCAAGAGCCUCUUGAAGAUAUUGAUGAGGAUUAA